CCGGCGACCGAGCAUCAUCAUCAGACUACGGAAGUGACAGCUUUGCUAUCUGUCAUUUAUAUGAGCACGCUCCUAGCGUUGCGCUCAUUCCCCUACCCUCUCUCGUCGUUGGUCGGUGUUUCACUGAGUAUAACUAGUUGUAACUAUGGCGAAGGUGGAUACCUCCUCUAGCAGACCCUAUCACAUUGUUAUUUUUGGGGCUUCGGGAUUCACCGGGCAGUUCGUGGUUGAAGAGGUGGCCAGGACCGUAUCGGAGGGGCCGAAUGGGUCGCUGACAUGGGCUGUGGCUGGGAGAAGCAGACAGAAACUGGACAAAGUUCUAGAGCAGGCCGCCGGAGCCCUCGGUACGUACUGGCUUCAUUGACAUUGACCUAGCUAGCUAACUAUUAAAUACAAUUUACACAUUUAAUUUGUUCACGCUGGAUGCUAACCAAAGAGUAUUAUCUGUUAACUCAGAACAAAAGUUUCGCGUAAAUAUGUUUACACUGUCCACGAGAGAUUAGCCUGAGAUGAUCUUUGGUCUAGUUAGUUGACUGACACCAUUGUGCAUUGUAAUCGGAUUUUCCAGGGGGAUUCAAGGAAGGAAGCUUUCUUGACAGUUCGGUGUCAUACAGUGUCAACACUGAGUUUACUGUGUGUCAUGCCAGACAGUAAACUCACCUGGACUAAUUUAAAACCUAGUCACUGUGUUGUAUCAUUUACCCCCCCCCCCCCCCCCCCCCCCCCCCCCCCCCUCCCCCAUUUGCAGGUACAUUAGAGAGCUUGUUUGGAAUAUGCAAUAGACACGUAGUCUACUUUGCCAUGUGGGUACAAUAUGACUUAUUUGAUAGCCAUUCAUCCUACUAUACCCCAUGUUUCAAUAGGGCAGUAUUUUCCUAUCUGUUAUGGCUAUGGCACAGCAUUCAACAUGUGCCUAAUUUACAACAGUCCUUGUUUGGUCAUGAGCUACAGGUUGUACUGUACCACAUAACAUGUCAACUUAUACAGGGGGCUGAUGCAAAGCACUGUAGUACCAGUAUCGCAAUACUCAUUAGUGUCGUGGCAAGGAGACAAGACAUAAAUCGGACAUAACUUCUUUAGUUGUUGAAAACAAACAUCAUUAUCUUGUCAUCCAAAGUUACAUGUAUUGGACGGCAGGUAGCUUAGUGGUUAAGAGCGUUGUGCCAGUAACCGAAAGGUCGCUGGUUCUAAUCCCCGAGCCGACUAGGUGAAAAAUCUGUCGAUGUGCCCUUGAGCAAGGCACUUAACCCUAAUUGCUCCUGUAAGUCACUCUGGAUAAGAGCGUCUGCUAAAUGACUAAAAUGUAAAUGUAUUUAUUUUCCAAGCGAGGUUCCUUCUCGACAAUGUAACAACAAUAAGAAAAUAUAAGAAUAUGAACAUAAAGUAAAUGGCUCAGUAGAAUAGAGUAAACAUUUUAGCAUAAGUAUAAUACAGGAAGGCACAAUUUAUAGUCCAAUAUUUACAGAUAUGUUGGGGAAGUAUUUAGCAAUCAAUCAUAAUAAGAGUCUGGUAGCAGCAGUUUUGAUGUGUGUGUGUGUGUGUUUGUGUGUAUAUGAUUGUAUAUCUCUGUGUGUGUGUGUGUGUGUGUGUGUGUACAUGAGUGCAUGUGUGAUAAGGUGCAGAGAGUCAGUUCAAGUGUUCAGCAGUCUGAUGGCUUGUAGUUAGAAACUGUCUCUGAGCCUUUUGGUAUCAGACCUCAUGCUCCGAUACUGUUUGCCCGACGAUAAGAGAUUGAACAGCCGUGGCGGAGGUGUGUGGGGUCCUUGAUGAUGCUGCGGGCCUUCCUCAGGCAUCAUUUCAAGGAUGGGUGGGAGCACGGUCCCAGUGAUGUACUGGGCCAUCUUCACCACCCGCUGGAGGGCCUUGCUGUCGUGGAUGGAGCAAUUCCCGUACCAGGCCGUGAUGCAACCGGUCAGGACGCUCUUGAUGGUGCAGCGGUAGUAUUUGGAGAGGACCCGGGGUGGCAUGCCGAAUUUCUUCACCUGCCUUAAGAAGUAGAGACGCUGUUGCGCCCAGUCGUGGUGGUGUUGGUCCAUGACAAGUCCUCGGUGAUGUAGUUAAACAAAUAAUGAUGUCUGGUGUAUUGGUAAGUAGAUGUUUAUAAUAUAAAGGUGAAAUGACUGAGUCCUCUGCUGUGUGUAUUAGGUAAGCCGGAGCUGAGGACUGCGGUGGAUGUCAUCGUGGCUGAUGUGGGAGAGCCUGACUCGCUGGCUGCCAUGUGCAAACAGGCUGUCAUUGUUCUCAACUGUGUGGGGCCAGUAAGUACUGACUGUGGAGAUGCCACACACACACACAUCUGGAAAAUACUGUAGACACACACACACUGUAAGUACUGCUGAGACACAAUGAGUCUGUCAUAAGUCAGCGGUAUUUCAUUCUACUGGUGUUAGUAUAUAAGACUGUCUUGAUAUCAGUCCUGAUCACCACUCUGCUCUCCUGUUGUGCCAUGGGGCUGCAGAUAGUGGCCUGAUAGCAGUAAGGCCAUAACCUCACAGCUUGUGAAACACCUGCAAUGAUGAUGGUGGCUAUCACCAGUGCACCUUGUACACACGCACACACACACACAGCCUUUACAGUGUUGGCAGGCGUGACUGGGUGUGGUAUAAUCUCUGUCAUUGUGAUACACAGCCUCACCAAAGAACUCUGGAUGAAGUGAAAAAAGUGUUGUCUAUUACCAACUCCACCAGUAGGGGGGCACUGUUGUCAUGUCUGAUCAUCACCUCUCAGCCUCUCUGUCCAAUAGUGUGCAACUGCAGCCUGCAAUUCGGGGUGUUCCUGCAUGUGGGCAUUCCUGCAUCUGCAGGAACGUCCCCCCCCUCGAGCACCCCAUUGGUUCCUUCAUGAACGCCCCACCCCCCCUCGAGCACGACACCAUAAUGCUUGUGUGACACUUUUGAAUGUGGGUCAAAGGGGAAGUAAAAUAAUUAUCUGAGUUUUCGCGGGAAAACAUUGCCCGACAGGUGGGGGCGAAGGACACUGUCUAUCGGUCACCCCCGCCUCCCACUAGUAUAGCAGGCGGGAGGCUGGAGCAACACCGUUGCUAACUACGUAGCUAGCUUGCUAGUUAGUGACACCGUGUGCUACCUUGCUAGUUAGCUAGCUAUCACACAGUGUUGCUCCCCACAGUGUUGCUCCCGCCGACUGCGUACCGGAGAAAAACGUGCCGGACAGGCGGGGGCCAAGGACAAUGUAUACCGGUCGCCCCCGCCUCCCGCUAGCACAGCAGGCGGGAGCAACACUGUGUGCUAACUAGCUAGCUUGCUUGUGCCCUGGAGAAAACCUUGCCUGAUAGGACACCGCCUACCGCUAGUUACUCCGGUACACAGCAGGCGGGGGGUGACACCUGUGUGCUAGCUAGAUUACAGUGUGUGCCUCCCAUCUAUGUACUGGAGUCAUAGCUAAAUAAUAGAAGCAUAAAGAGGGGUUCCUGCGUAUACAGGAAUGCCCACAUGCAGGAACGGCCCGAAUUGUGGGCUGCAGUUGCAUCCUUCUCUCUCUGUCUACUCCCUACCUCCUCCAAACACUUUCAACUGUCUCCUGAGGUGCGUUCAGGAGAGUGCAACGUCACAAGUCAUGUCUGAAGUGUAAAAUUAAUGACUCAAUAAUUCAUGCCUUCUGGGAAUGCUACAAAAUUAAAAAGUUAUGGGCGGAGUUGGAAAGAUGGAUGUCAGAGAUACUGUAAUGUAAAUAUACUUUUAAUUUGUCUGUCUGUAUAUUUCAAGACAUGACAUAUGAGGGUGCAGUGAAAUACUCAAUGGGUUGGACAAUACUCUUCUCAUCAAUUAUCUUUUAAAAAACUAUACUCAAACUGGAAAUCAGCCAAUCCUCCGUCAUUCUCACAAUGGAAAGGUCAAAUGCUUUAUUAUUUAAACAUUUUAAGCGCGUGGGCGACAGAGAGAAACAAAAUCAUGCAGUUUGAGGCCAUGUGGCAGAAAGUGCUAUAAAGGCGCUGGAGAUUGGGGUGGGGGCUAGUGGGUUUGGGCAGGUGUGAUGUUUGUAUGAUGUAGUCGUUUGUAUGUGUAAGUUUUGUGUUACACAACGUUCAGAUAGAAAUGUAUUGUUCAGAACAGACAUGGCCCAAUCCCAAAUGGACCUCUGGACCCUAUGCACAGAUCUGAGAGGCUUUGCCAGGCAAUCAAUAUGGUAAUCGCUCCACCUUGCCAUCUGAUAGGCUAGGUGAAAGUCUCACCAUAUUACUUAUACCAGAGGUUUUCAUAAUGUGGCACGCCUCUCCAGGGGGGCACCAGAGAGUUUCAGGGAAGGCGUGAAAGGAAAGCCAAAACAAACUGUAUUUGGUUCAUACUAGAUUAGCCAGUCUGCGGUGGAGGUCAUGUUUUUUUUUUUUUUCUCGCUUCAACCAAAGAUAAUAAGAGGAGACAAGAUGAGUUUGGUCUGUUUACAGUAUGCAUGUUGAAGGGCAUGUCAUCUAGGAUCAUUCACUUCCGGAAGUUUACUCGAAAGAUGAGAACCAUUCCUUCACCUCAGUAUAUCAUCUUUGGUCUGACAGACGUUUACGUGACACCCAGAAUGCAUUGUAUAAUGUCAACAAACAUGGCGCCACACAUAGCUGGCAAAUAGCUUAGCAUUAGCUCAUUAUAAUCAGUAAAACCUUCAAAAAAGUAUUUUACACACAUCAUAGGUGUCCAUUACAAUCUAUGCAAUAAUCGGAAUGCAUUAGCUGUCACCAGUACUUGAAAACAUGUGAAUAAAACUGUAAAUGCCAGCCAGAAAAUGUGCCAGUUCGUGCAAGACUGCGCAAAUGCCUGCAAACUUGAUCUGCGGAAACACUAGGGAAGUGCUUGGGCUCUCCUCAAAGAGAGCAGUUUGUCUGGCUCAGUAAAGCCUCAAACAUAAAUUGUCUGCAACACUGAAAUGGUCUACUUCUAUGUCAAUUAAUGAGGAGGCGGAACACACCUCAAUUCAAACUGUUGUUUGAAAAUAAAACUUGUUAGAAAAUAAUUUGAAAUUGACAAGUUGAAACAGCCUAUAGAUAAUUAGCAGGCAGCGCGUGUUAACUGUCCUGUUGUGUAACAAUCAAAUUUUCUCGGGACAAACGCAGUUAAUUCCAAUGACAGCUCCAGUUCGCCUGAUAGCGGAUGACAAAUCCGCAACCCUCCCUAUACUUGUAUCAGAACACACCCCUGUCAAUCUAUUGGGAAGAGAUGCCCUAUGCAAAAUGGGUAUACAAAUUUGAUGUUCCUCCGAAGGGGUAAUUAUAGACAAGGCAGGGUUAAACUUACAAAUGGUAACGAAACAGGAUACAGCAAAUGUCUAUUGGUUAGGGGAUAUUGAGACAGAAGUAGAUAGGGUAGUCAGGAAAUGGGGUAGGUUUAUUCAGGCUCAGAUACCAGAAGCAGAAAGAGGAAAGUCAGAAUAUCACUGCACCAUGCAAUAUGAUCCCUAUCGUGAUGAUCUUUUAGAACAACUGUGGUUGUUAAAUGCAAAUGAGAAAUCGGUACCAAUAAUGUCUCAGUACAUACAGUGGGGAAAAAAAGUAUUUAGUCAGCCACCAAUUGUGCAAGUUCUCCCACUUAAAAAGAUGAGAGAGGCCUGUAAUUUUCAUCAUAGGUACACGUCAACUAUGACAGACAAAAUGAGGAAAGAAAAUCCAGAAAAUCACAAGGAUUUUUAAUGAAUUUAUUUGCAAAUUAUGGUGGAAAAUAAGUAUUUGGUCAAUAACAAAAGUUUCUCAAUACUUUGUUAUAUACCCUUGUUGGCAAUGACACAGGUCAAACGUUUUCUGUAAGUCUUCACAAGGUUUUCACACACUGUUGCUGGUAUUUUGGCCCAUUCCUCCAUGCAGAUCUCCUCUAGAGCAGUGAUGUUUUGGGGCUGUCGCUGGGCAACACGGACUUUCAACUCCCUCCAAAGAUUUUCUAUGGGGUUGAGAUCUGGAGACUGGCUAGGCCACUCCAGGACCUUGAAAUGCUUCUUACGAAGCCACUCCUUCGUUGCCCGGGCGGUGUGUUUGGGAUCAUUGUCAUGCUGAAAGACCCAGCCACGUUUCAUCUUCAAUGCCCUUGCUGAUGGAAGGAGGUUUUCACUCAAAUCUCACGAUACAUGGCCCCAUUCAUUCUUUCCUUUACACGGAUCAGUCGUCCUGGUCCCUUUGCAGAAAAACAGCCCCAAAGCAUGAUGUUUCCACCCCCAUGCUUCACAGUAGGUAUGGUGUUCUUUGGAUGCAACUCAGCAUUCUUUGUCCUCCAAACACGACGAGUUGAGUUUUUACCAAAAAGUUAUAUUUUGGUUUCAUCUGACCAUAUGACAUUCUCCCAAUCCUCUUCUGGAUCAUCCAAAUGCACUCAACUUCAGACGGGCCUGGACAUGUACUGGCUUAAGCAGGGGGACACGUCUGCCACUGCAGGAUUUGAGUCCCUGGCGGCGUAGUGUGUUACUGAUGGUAGGCUUUGUUACUUUGGUCCCAGCUCUCUGCAGGUCAUUCACUAGGUCCCCCCGUGUGGUUCUGGGAUUUCUUGUGAUCAUUUUGACCCCACGUGGUGAGAUCUUGCGUGGAGCCCCAGAUCGAGGGAGAUUAUCAGUGGUCUUGUAUGUCUUCCAUUUCCUAAUAAUUGCUCCCACAGUUGAUUUCUUCAAACCAAGCUGCUUACCUAUUGCAGAUUCAGUCUUCCCAGCCUGGUGCAGGUCUACAAUUUUGUUUCUGGUGUCCUUUGACAGCUCUUUGGUCUUGGCCAUAGUGGAGUUUGGAGUGUGACUGUUUGAGGUUGUGGACAGGUGUCUUUUAUACUGAUAACAAGUUCAAACAGGUGCCAUUAAUACAGGUAACGAGUGGAGGACAGAGGAGCCUCUUAAAGAAGAAGUUACAGGUCUGUGAGAGCCAGAAAUCUUGCUUGUUUGUAGGUGACCAAAUACGUAUUUUCCACCAUAAUUUGCAAAUAAAUUCAUUAAAAAUCCUACAAUGGGAUUUUCUGGAUUUUUUUUCUCAAUUUGUCUGUCAUAGUUGACGUGUACCUAUGAUGAAAAUUACAGGCCUCUCUCAUCUUUUUAAGUGGUUUUGUUUAUAUUUGUUCAUAUUUAAAUUGUGUGUGUGUGUGUGUGUGUGUGUGUGUGUGUGUAGUACAGGUUCUGGGGCGAGCCUGUGGUAAAGGCAUGCGUGGAGAACGGAGCACACUGCAUUGACAUCUGUGGAGAACCCCAGGUAAGUGGACAACACAACAACACACUCUCUAGGCUUCAAUCCCUAAUUGACCCUGACGCCUACAACCCAUGACUCUUGUAGAUCUGACAUGACUUGAUAGUUGGAAGCAAUAUCUCUCACACACACACCACUAGGUGAAAUGGGAGGCAUGCUGGAUGCCAUGCUGUCCUCUAUUACUGGUUACAGUGUGUGUGUGUGUGUGUGUGUGUGUAGUUCCUAGAGAGUAUGCAGUUGAACUACGACAGUCAGGCAGCUGAUAAAGGAGUGUACAUUGUUGGGGCUUGUGGCUUCGACUCCAUACCUGCAGACAUGGGAGUCCUCUACACCAGGGACCAGUUCAAAGGUGUGUAUGUGUGUCCUCUCCCUGAGGGUUUUUUUAUUUUGUUUUUUCAUAUAUAUUUUUUAGGGAGUAGAUCAGCUUUAAUAUUGCAGAUAGAUUGUAGCUUCCAUCAAUGUAAAUAUCUGCAUCAUUUCCAAUCCCCCAUAUGUACCGUAUGUGUGUGUGUGUGUAUAUGUGUAUAUAUAUAUAUACACACACACUACCGUUCAAAAGUUUGGGGUCACUUAGAAAUGUCCUUGUUUUCAAAAGAAAUGCACCUUUUUUGUCCAUUUUAAAAUAACAUCAAAUUGAUCAGAAAUACAGUGUAGACAUUGUUAAUGUUGUAAAUGGCUAUUGUAGCUGGAAACUGCAGAUUUUUUAUGGAAUAUCUACAUAGGCGUAUAGAGGCCCAUUAUCAGCAACCACCAGUCCUGUGAUCCAAUGGCACGUUGUGUUUGCUAAUCCAAGUUUAUCAUUUUAAAAGGCUAAUUGAUCAUUAGAAAACCCUUUUUGCAAUUAUGUUAGCACAGCUGAAAACUGUUGUGCUGAUUAAAGAAGCAAUUAAACUGGCCUUCUUGAGACUAGUUGAGUAUCUGGAGCAUCAGCAAUUGUGGGUUCGAUUACAGGCUCAAAAUGGCUAGAAACAAAGAACUUUCUUCUGAAACUCGUCAGUCUAUUCUUUCUGAGAAAUGAUGGCUAUUCCAUGUGAGAAAUUGCCAAGAAACUGAAGAUCUCGUACAACGCUGUGUACUACUCCCUUCACAGAACAGCGCAAACUGGCUCUAACCAGAAUAGAAAGAGGAGUGGGAGGCCCCGGUGCACAACUGAGCAAGAGCACAAAUACAUUAGUGUCUAGUUUGAGAAACAGGUGCCUCACAGGUCCUCAACUGGCAGCUUAAUUAAAUAGUACCCGCAAAGCACCAGUCUCAACAUCAAUAGUGAAGAGGCGACUCCAGGAUGCUGACCUUCUAGGCAGAGUUGCAAAGAAAAAGCCAUAUCUCAGACUGCCCAUUUUAAUCUUUUCUUUUUAUUGGCCAGUCUGAGAUAUGGCUUUUUCUUUGCAACUCUGCCUAGAAGGUCAGCAUCCCGGAGUCGCCUCUAAGUGUCACAUUAUCUGUCACAUGAUCUCAGUAUAUACACCUGUUCUGAAAGGCCCCAGAGUCUGCAACACCACUAAGCAAGGGGCACCACCAAGCAAGCGGCACCAUGAAGGCCAUGGAGCUCUCCAAACAGGUCAGGGACAAAGUUGUGGAGUACAGGAUUAGGGUUGGGUUAUAAAAAAAGAUCAGAAACUUUGAGCAUCCCACAGAGCACCAUUAAAUCCAAUUUACAGAUUGUAAAUUAAAGAUAUAAUAAUACUUUUUGCAAAUAAUUGUGUUAUUGAUCGAUUGACUAUGACUUUUCAAAUUACCCAGCAUUGCUAUUUGCAGAGUUAGCUCCUGGUAAAUGUUGCAAUUCUUCAGCCAUUCCUGGACCUGCGACCAAAACCAAGCUAAAUUACAUAUGGACAGUACCAAAAUAAAUGAUCUAAUAAUUCUGUCUCUUCGCAACAAAAUCUGCAGAGCUGGGAUGGUUGUAUCCCCCAUAUAUAUAACAUUCUAUUGGUUGCAAGAAUUUAGCAUAAUAAUUUAAAUUGAAAACUUUUUAAAGUUUUGAAUCUGCCGUUGUUUUGCUAGAGUAUGGCGCUUGCAACGCCAGGGUUGUGGGUUCGAUUCCCACGAGGGGCAGUAUGAAAAAUGUAUGCACUUACUAACUGUAAGUCGCUCUGGAUAAGAGCGUCUGCUAAAUGACUAAAAUGUCAAUGUAAAUAAACCAUGUGCCAUGGAAUCGGUGCAUCGAAAAUCUCUUCCCAACUAUUUUGCAAUCUAACCUCUCCCUGAGGUUAGUUUACUUCAGCUGUUUAUGUAUGUGUGUUUGUGUGUCACAGUUGUGUGUUUCUCUCAUCACAGGGACACUCACAGCUAUCGAGAGCUUCCUGACAGCCAGCACAGGACCUGAGGUAAGACUCCAUUACCCAUAAACCCUCACACAGCCCCGGCCUCAUCUUUGUCCUGUAAAGAGUAAAUCAUUGUAACCCCUGCAUAAUUCUUGUAUCUAAUAACAUAACAAUCUUGAUUUUAAGAAUCGGUUUUUAAGGGUUUGUUGGUACUCAGUUCUCUCUCUCUGUCUCUGUCUUAGGGUGGUUCUAUCAAUGAUGGUACAUGGAAGUCGGCCAUCUAUGGUUUUGCUGACAGCGGGAAGCUGAGGAGCCUCAGGAAGAAGUUUGGACACAAACCUCUCCCUGUGGUGGGCUCAAAGAUCAAACGCAGGUACAGGGAGCUGUGGGUGUGCGUUUGUGUGUGUUUGUGCUUAUUAAAUGUGUUUAUUUGAUAUUUAAAUAACUUUACUUUCUAUCGUGUGUGUAGGAGUGCCCUGUUCUACAGUAAUGAGGUGCAGCAGUAUGCAGUUCCGUUUAUGGGAGCCGACCCCUCGGUGGUGAAGAGAUCUCAACGCUUUCUACUGGAGGAACACCAGGAAACACCUGUAGGUCUCACACACACACACACAAACACAGAGCAGUGUGUGUUCUUGUCAAAUCUGCAAUUUUAGUGUGAUGUGGUUCUAAUUUCUAAAUGCGAGAAAUUGAAUAUGUCCUAAUAAAUCUUGGGUGUCUGUGUGCAUCACAGCUAUUGUGGUUCUGUAACCGGUUCGGACGGACAUUUUUGCUUAUAAAUUGAUCUGUGGACACCGUAGUUCAAAAUGUCUUGCAUUGAGCGAUAACACUGGUUCCCACGGACACAGUAGUAUAUUUUCUGUACCUUUGUGACUUAGGAUGUGAAAUCUGAAACCACUUGAAGCUGGGAUGUCCCUCCUACCAUUUAAUUCCCUCUUCCGAAAGUCAAUCAACUCCUUGCUGAACCCUACGUCACAGCCACUGACCAAGCACAUGCCUGAAAUCCUUACAUUGUAGUGCAGCAGGGGAGAGUGGUUUCAUCACUACAGCACAUUCAAAGAUGGAUUUUGUAGCCAUUCAUCUAAAAUAAUCCAUCGAUUUUAAACAAAAAACACUUUGUUUGUCAUAGAUGGACUAGAUUAAUAUGAGAUGAAAGGCGAGUUCCUAACGAGUUCAGGAAGCCAAGCUAUAGCGCUGUGAUGUUCAUAGCGAUGGGGGCAGAUGUUUUCAUCGAGAAACCUUUCGAAAGUAUGCACAUGUUCUCUAACACUAAACAUACAAAUAUGUAUUUUAUAGUUAUAAGGAAGGUAAAUCUUAUAGUUAGUGGUUUUAUAAUUUGAUAAUACUAAAUUUAGAAAGCAUUUGUCUUUUCAAGCCUUAUACAUUUUUGUUCAAUAGGAAAUAUGUAAUGUACAGUAAAAUAUUUUCAUAUGUUUAUUAUAUUUGUACUGUGUACUUGAGCUUGUGUCCUCAGCAAUUGUAUAACUAUUUCUACCUGAAAGGUGAGAUUUUAACCUUUCUUGGAGUAUGCAGCAUGAAUAGUUAUUGUCUCAAAUAAUUACUUUCGGGGAUUACGUAGAUUACAUUUUAGAUUACAUGUAGUUACAUUUAAGAGGAUAAUCUAUGAGCAGAAUGACUGUUUUACCUCAAUUAGCCACGAAUUCCCUAGUUUUAAAGUGACUGUUUUCUUGAAGCUAUGCCACUAAAUUUUCCCUGCAUUUCCUUCCUUGUGGGCCAGCCCCCUAGCUAAUAAGCUUCAGCCCCUCGCUCGCUCUUUCUCUCUGGGCGAUCUGCAAUUUUAGUGUGAUGUGGCUCUAAUGUCCAAACUCAGUUGAGAAAUGAACCUCUGUGACCCCUGUUUGACCUUUGUGUGACCCCAGGUUCAGUAUGGUGCGUAUGCAGGAGUAGGAGGUGUGGCCAACAUUGUCAAGAUGCUAUUCGCUGGGAUGAUGUUCUGGUUCCUGGUCAAAUUCAGCUUUGGACAAGACCUGCUGAUUAAGGUGAACAAGGACACACUGACAGACACACAUUGUUAUACAAUACCAGUCAAACGUUUGGACACACCUACUCAUUCCAGGGUUUUUCUUAAUUUUACUAUUUUCUACAAUGUAAAAUAAUAGUGAAGACAUCAAAACUAUGAAAUAACACAUUUUACAUUUUUUGUCAUUUAGCAGACACUCUUAUCCAGAGCGACUUACAGUUAGUGAGUGCAUAAAUUUUUUCAUACUGGCCCCCCGUGUGAAUCGAACCCACAACCCUGGCGUUGCAAGCGCCAUGCUCUACCAACUGAGCUACACGUUUUUGGGUUGCAGUAACCCAAAAACGUUUAAACAAAUUAUUCAAAGUAGCCACCCUUUGCCUUGAUGACAGCUUUGCACACUCUUGGCAUUCUCUCAACCAGCUUCAUGAGGCAGUCACCUGGAAUGCAUUUCAAUUAACAGGUGUGCCUUGUUAAGUUAAUUUGUGGAAUUUCUUUCCUUAAUGCAUUUGAGCCAAUCAGUUGUGUUGUGACAAGUCCAUAUUAUGGCAAGAACAGCUCAAAUUUGCAAAGAGAAACGACAGUCCAUUGUUACUUUAAGACAUGAAGGUCAGUCAAUCCAGAAAAUGUCAAGAACUUUGAAGGUUUCUUCAAGUGCAGUCGCAAAAACCAUCAAGCGCUAUGAUGAAACUGGCUCUCAUGAGGACUGAUACAGCAAAGGAAGACCCAGAGUUACCUCUGCUGCAGAGGAUAAGUUCAUUAGAGUUAACUGCACCUCAGAUUGCAGCUCAAAUAAAUGCUUCACAGAGUUCAAGUAACAGACACAUCUUAACAUCAACUGUUCAGAAGAGACUGCAUGAAUCAGGCCUUCACUACUAAAGGACACCAAUAAGAAGAAGAGACUUGCUUGGGCCAAGAAACACGAGCAAUGGACAUUAGACAGGUGGAAAGUCCAAAUAUGAGAUUUUUGGUUCCAACCGCCGUGUCUUUGUGAGACGCAGAGCAGGUGAACGGAUGAUCUCUGCAUGUGUGGUUCCCACCGUGAAGCAUGGAGGGUAUGAUGGUGUGGGGGUGCUUUGCUGGUGACACUGUCUGUGAUUUAUUUAGAAUUCAAGGCACAUUUAACCAGCAUGGUUACCACAGCAUUCAGCAGCGAUAUGCCAUCCCAUCUGGUUUGCGCUUAGUGGGACUAUCAUUUGUUUUUCAACAGGACAGUGACCCAAAACACACCUCCAGGCUGUGUAAGGGCUAUUUGACCAAUAAGGAGAGUGAUGGAGUGCUGCAUCAGAUGACCUGGCCUCCACAAUCACCUGACCUCAACCCAAUUUGAGAUGGUUUGGGAUGAGUUGGACCGCAGAGUGAAGGAAAAGCAUCCAACAAGUGCUCAGCAUAUGUGGGAACUCCUUCAAGACUAUUGGAAAAGCAUUCCUGUUGAAGCUGGUUGAGAGAAUGCCAAGUGUGCAAAGCUGUCAUCAAGGCAAAGGGUGGCUACUUUGAAGAAUCUAAUUUUGUUUAACACUUUUUUGGUUACUACAUGAUUCCAUAUGUGUUAUUUCAUAGUUUUGAUGUCUUCGCUAUUAUUCUCCAAUGUGGAAAAUAGUAAAUAUAAAAAAAAAACGCUUGAAUGAGUAGGUGUGGCCAAACUUUUGACUGGUACUGUAUAUGCACACACUCACACAAAAGGAAAAACUCAAACCCUUCUCUCUUUCUACCUCUUUUUUUUCUCUCUCUCUCUCUUCUCUGUCUUUAGUAUCCAGAGUUUUUCUCCUUUGGUUUCUUCUCCAAGGAUGGACCAACAAGAAAGCAGGUACAGUUUUUUGAGUAUCUUGACCUGUGUAUGGUUAAAAUGUAUGAGUAACAUUUACUGGUAUGUUUCACUUCCAUUUGUUUGCAAAAUUGCCAGUGAUUGGUGUGUUUGUGUGUCACUCAGAUGGAGGGUUGGUCCUUCUAGUCAGUGAUUGGUGUGUUUCUGUGCCACUCAGAUGGAGGGUUCAUCCUUCAAGUUUGCAUUCUACGGAGAAGGCUACACUGAGGGACAGGACCCCAGCCAGGGACGACCUAAUGCCAAGAUCCGCACACUAGUCCAAGGACCAGGUACUUGAACACACACAAACACCCUAACCUCUGCUCCACAAACACACUAAUCUGACUUUUUAUUAACCCCUCCUCCAUGUAAUCUGCCACUGCUGGGGUUAACACAAUGCUUCUCUCCCUGUUUCAGAGGCGGGCUACGUGGCCACGCCCAUCGCCAUGGUACAGGCAGCUAUCACCAUCCUGAACGAACCCAAAGCCCUCCCCAAGAAGUGAGUUCACACACACACUGGGUAGUGUUUGUGCAGCUAUUGUAUUACAUCUGAUGCAUAUUAUCUCACCCUCCCUCUCUCUGUCUCUCUCUCUUUAGGGGAGGUGUGUACACCCCAGGAGCAACCUUUGCCAAAACUAAGCUGGUGGAGCGCCUCAACAAACAUGGCAUCCGGUUCUCUGUCAUCUAAUGUGUGACCUCAUUUAGCCCCUGACCCCAGGUCGUCAGCACUUGUGACUCUACUGGUGUUUUCACUAGACGGUCAUGCUGCAAAGUGAAAGUUGGCUAGCUGCAACAUUUAGUUAAUCAGUGAAAAUUUGCUUAGUUAGGGUUAGGUCUAAGGUUACGUUUAGUGUUUAAAAUCAGAUUUUUGGGGGGGGAGAACAGUCUUCCUUCCAACGUUGCAGCAUGGCCCAAUAAUGAUGACCCUUGCUUGUCUGUGACUGUAGUCUUUAAAAAGACAGUUUACUUAUUGUCAAAUAAUGGUGCCUCUGCUUUAGCUAACUCACCAACGGUUGUGCAGUUUGUGUCAUGGCUCAGUAGAGUAGAAGAGAAGUGUGUGUGUAUGCCUGUUUCUCUCAAAAAGCUUGACUGCAUUAAGGAUGCUUCUGUAAGUUUUGUCCUUCCUCUGAUCAAUACUUGUUUAAUUUCCAAGCACUGUCUGAAACCUACCUUGUUUCAAGAGAAUCAGCACUUAUAAAUGGUUUCAGAAAUUCCUCCUUUGAACGAGUGUGUGCUAUAUUCCGGGAAUCAAAUAUAGUUUAGCAGGAUCUUUUCUUUUUGGGAGGUAAUGUGUAGCAAAAUUAUAUUGUUGAGAUCAAAGUAGUGCUUGCUGCUUGUUAGAAAUUGGGUGUUUGGGUACUAUACACACACACACAAAGAUGGAAUGAUCCUUUCCACAACUUUGCAGUGUCUUCUGUGAUUUACUGAGCAUGCCCGUGUGUGUGGUGGGCAGGUUCUGUUCUUGUUCUGUUUUCCUCCUAGGGCUGUAGGUCUUCUCUACUUGGCUGAAUAAAACCAACACUACUGAAGUAAACCA